GAUCGAUCUCAGCAUCUCUGAACCUAUCCCAACAUAUCUGGCAAUCUCUGUGAUGUUUACGCGUGGUGUGAUUGACGUGUAGCUCAUUUUUACUGCUGUGUGAGUUAUCAUUGGAUUGAUUCAUCCCUUCCUUGGCUUCCAUCCGUAUUUUCCAUCACACAUCCAUCAUUAUGGAGGAGUUCGCCAAGCGGAAAGGCAAGGAAGGCACCAAAGGAGCCAAACAGAUCGCCCAAGAGAACUCGGAGACCAUCUUAUUCUACCGAAACAUGGUCUUGGGCUCGCACGGCAUUUUCUUCGCAUUCCGCACCCUGUUGGGUCAAGCCUACUCCGCCACCGACAUUGUCAUGUACCUCAUCACGGCUCUGAUCCACAUCGCCAGCUUCCAGUUCCUCAACAAGACCGGUUCGCCCACGGUGGACGAGAAAGGCACGCUCUUGGACCCAGGAUUGGACUUGAACAUGGCCCAAGGCAUGGCCGAGCAUGUGAAAGAUCUCAUCAUUCUGACCUCGGGCACUCAAGUCUUGUCCUUGUUAACCAACUACCUGUGGGUGUUACUGCUCCUGGCGCCCCUGAGGGCGUUUCUCUUCGCUUGGACCAAUUUCAUUUCGCCCUGGAUUUUUGCCCCGCCUCCGGAAGAAACGGAGGCCGAUGUGAAGAAACAGAAGAAAAUGGAACGGAAAGCCCGUCGGAUGCGAUGAGUUUUCGGGUCCUUGAUUCGGGUCUCUUUAUUAUGAUUAUGAAUAUAUCUUUUUAUAUAUACCUAUAUUUUUUUUUGUUCCUCUUAGCUGAGUGAACAUAGGAUGGUGAUUAAUAAACUGAUGGUCGUUGGCGUUGA